UAGAUAGCCAUCAAGGGCGAAAUGUCUAAUGCACCAGGACUGAUAUCGAUAGGAGCUUUAUAUACCACUGAAGAGUAUUGUCCCGUGUUACCUGCUUCAGCAGGAGAAGCGUGCAAUGAAAUAUUUACAAACUUGACUGGCGCCAUCAUGUCUCCCUGUUAUCCAAGUUACUAUAGCAACAACGCUAGCUGCAACUCGACCAUUAUAGCGAAGCAAGGUUACGUCAUUCGUCUAGAUGUCGCCGAGUUUGAGUUGGAAAUGAGCACACGAUGUGAGAAUGACUCUGUUGAUGUUUAUGAUGGUGGUAAAAGAAUUGGUCGAUAUUGUGGUAUAAGAUACCCACCCAUCAUUCAGUCGACUACUAACCAGCUUUUGGUGGUAUUCCGAUCAAAUGGAARGAUAACACGCACUGGAUUCAUGGCGCAUUACCGCAUCCUGAAAGAUAAUGAUACAAACCAAGGAUGCUUACAAGACUGUCCAGCUGAUUGUCAAUGUCGAAAGCUGUCUGAUGGAAAGAUAGUUGUCUCGUCACGAAGUAUCAGUGCAGUUCCUCUUCAACUUCCUCGUGAAACAACAGUCAUGUAAAUGAACCUCUCAAUUUUAUGCUGAAACUUUCAUUUUUUAACA